AACAAAGUGAGGAUAAAUUUUAUUUACAGCUGAUUGAUCUUGUUGCAUAAUUAUGGCCAAUCUUCGCUCCCCUUCACUCAUUGUUCUGCUCUCACUCGUUGCUCUGUCAAUCUCUGCAGAAGCACGGCAGCUUCUAGAGACAACAUUACCUGAGGUCCCGGAGCUUCCCAAGCCUGAAUUACCUGACUUGCCAUUACUUCCUAAGGUUGAGCUUCCACCAUUACCUGAAGUCCCAACCUUUCCUAAACCUGAACUUCCCACUCUGCCAAAAUUACCUGAAUUGCCUGAGUUGUCGAAGCCUGAAAUUCCCACGCUGCCAAAACCUGAAUUGCCUGAGUUUCCAAAGCCUGAACUGCCAGCUUUUCCCCACUUGCCUGAGUUGCCAAAACCUGAACUGCCAACUUUUCCCCACUUGCCUGAGUUACCAAAGUCCACAUUCCCUUCCAAAGACACCAAACCUGAAUCAGCUACCAAUCCUUAAGCAAUUAUACCACAAGGGUUUCAACGUUUGAUCUCGCUGUGAUGACUUCAGCUUUUGCAUUGAUCAGUAUCAUUUAUGUGUUCUUAAGUGUCUGAUUCAUAUGUUAUAUAUAUGCAUGCUUAAAUUUGAAGUGAGUUUUAGUCCUAUAAUAUUUUUGUUUCAGCUUUUGUAUGAUGUACGUUGUAUGUUUAUAUUCUAUAUACAAAAUUGAUCCAGUUUAUUUA